CAGCUGCUCGGAGCAGCUCGGAGGAAAGGUGCUGAAGCCUGUCCCUCCUCCCAGGGAGGAAGGUGGGUUAGAGGAACAACCCUGCUGAAGCUCCAGCUCUCUGAAAUGUGAUCCUGCUGGAGGCACCUCCCUGGGCCCCACCUUGCCCUCUCCUAGCUAUAUAUAUAUGUGCCUGGCCUCGGGCGGGCGCGGGGGACGCGGGCUCGCUCGGUGUCCCGGGAUCCCUGCGGAUGGAGAGGCAGAGGCACCAAGGCAUGGCCAAGAACACGUACAUGCGCUGGCGGCUGCCCCUUGUGUGCCUCCUCUGGGAGCUGGCCAUGAUCAUCCUCUUCGGGGUCUUCGUGCGCUUCGGCGCCGAAGCUGAUGCGCACUGGGAGGAGGAGAAACGAGAGAUGAACCUGACCAGUGACAUGGAGAACGAUUUCUACUUCCGAUACCCCUCUUUCCAGGAUGUCCAUGUGAUGAUCUUUGUGGGCUUUGGCUUCCUCAUGACCUUCCUCAAGCGCUAUGGAUUCGGAGCUGUGGGUUUCAAUUUCCUCCUUGCUGCCUUUGGGAUCCAGUGGGCUCUCCUGAUGCAGGGCUGGUUCCACUCUUUCAAGAACGGGAAGAUCCUCAUUGGAGUGGAGAACCUGAUCAAUGCUGAUUUCUGCGUGGGCUCUGUGUGCAUCGCCUUUGGGGCCAUCCUGGGUAAAACCAGCCCCAUACAGCUCCUUGUCAUGACUUUGUUUCAAGUCACACUCUUUUCAGUGAAUGAGUACAUCCUCCUCAACCUUCUUCAUGUAAAGGAUGCGGGUGGCUCCAUGACCAUUCACACCUUUGGAGCCUACUUUGGCCUCACGGUGACACGGGUCCUGUACAGACCCAACCUGGAGCAGAGUAAGGACAAGCAGGGCUCCGUGUACCACUCUGACCUCUUUGCUAUGAUUGGUACCCUGUACCUGUGGAUGUACUGGCCCAGUUUUAACUCAGCCAUUUCUGAUCACGGGGAUGCCCAGCACCGCUCUGCCAUUAACACCUACUGCUCGCUGGCCGCCUGUGUCCUCACCACCAUGGCCUUCUCCAGCAUGCUGCAGAAGAAGGGCAAGCUUGACAUGGUGCACAUCCAGAACGCCACGCUGGCCGGCGGCGUGGCCGUGGGCACCAGCGCCGAGAUGAUGCUGACUCCCUACGGCUCCCUCAUUGUCGGGUCCGUCUCUGGUGUCGUGUCCACUGUGGGGUAUGUCUACUUCACGCCUUUUUUGGAGUCUAGGUUGCACAUUCAGGACACAUGUGGCAUCCACAACCUCCAUGCCAUGCCAGGCCUUAUUGGGGGCAUUGUGGGGGCCAUCACAGCAGCUGCAGCCACAGAGGAUGUAUAUGGAAAGGAAGGGUUCGUCAAGGCGUUUGACUUCACCGGCGUGUACCAGACACGGACACCCAGCAUCCAGGGAGGGUUCCAGGCGGCCGGCAUCGUGGUGUCUCUGCUGAUGGCCUUUGCUGGGGGGGCCAUCGUGGGGGGCAUCCUGAAGCUGCCCAUCUGGGGGGACGCGUCGGCCGAGAACUGCUUCGAGGACGGCGUGUACUGGGAGGCCUGGGCUGCCGUGUGUCAGCGGGACGGGAUGUCGCCCAGACCCGUCCCUCCCGCCAGCGGCUCUUGGCUGCCCGGGGCAAAGCGGAGGCGCUGGGACACUCCUGGUGCCUUGGGGACAAAGUGGAGGCAUGAACGGUGGCAGUGCAGGCUGGGUGUAUUGGACAAUGUGUUAGCCAUUUCUUCCAGUGUCAUCAGAUGGCUCCUUCCACUUACUGGUGCUGUUCUGAUGGGAAGAGGACAGCCCCUGUCUUAGCUGGACCAUCAGGCUUCAGCCAGAGCUGGAGGAAAUAGGGAUGAAACCCGGGCCUAAAAUUCUGCAUGUUUUCCAGGGUGAUAUAAUAUGAGGAGCAGGAAAGGAAAAGAGCGGGGGGGGGAAGGAGGUAGGAGGGCUGAUAGGUCUCUUCACUGAGUCUAGCUUUUUAAUUCUUACACCUGAGGGGGGGAGUCAAAAGUAGCUAUUCACAUCCCCUUGGGAUAUGACACCCUCAUUUUCCAUGCUGGGUAAAGACAAAAACCCUUUACAACAUGUUUCUGGAAUUUGUCAGUGGCUGCCAGCAGCAGCAUGUUAAUUAAAUGUCGGCAAAGAUGGAAGCAAGAGGCUCUGCUCUAAUUGGACACUUUGCUUGGUGGAGCUGAAAAACAUUGUGACAGAGGAGGAGGUGCCAAAACACUGUGUUCCUGUGCCAUGGAGGGGACAGGGACAGCCAGGCACGGGAGACGCUCUCUCCUGUACACGCGUUGCCUCCAUUUGGCCUGAAACAACCUCACCAUUGAAAAAACGAGAGUAAUAAAAGGCCUAAAAUCCUCCAUAGGAUUGGUCUCA